UGAGUAUAAAAGGCAAAACAAAAUAGGAAGGGCAGCAUGGUUUUUCGGGCACCCGCAGACAUGUUGAGGUUUCUCUUGCUGACCACUCUCGCGGCACUGGUACUGGCUGAGCUUGAGCCUCAGCCCCGGUUCUUGGAGGAUGAUGAAGUUGAGGGGAGAGUUGUUGGAGGCGAGGUGGCAAGACCCAACUCCUGGCCCUGGCAGAUCUCUCUUCAGUACAAAUCUGGCAGCAGCUUCUACCACACCUGUGGCGGAACUCUCAUUAAGAGAGGCUGGGUGAUGACCGCUGCUCAUUGCGUUGACCGUUCCAGGACUUGGCGUGUGGUUCUGGGAGACCACAAUAUCAACAGCCACGAGGGCAGAGAGCAGUACAUGAGCGUGAGUCGUGUCUACCUUCACCCUAGGUGGAACUCCAACAACGUUGCCGGAGGGUAUGAUAUUGCUCUGCUGCGUCUCUCAUCUGAGGCUUCCCUCAACAACUACGUCCAGCUGGGUGCCAUCCCUCCCUCUGGCCACAUCUUGCCCCACAACAACCCCUGUUACAUCACAGGAUGGGGACGCACUCAGACUGGAGGUCAGCUGUCCGCCCAGCUGAAGCAGGCCUACCUUCCAGUGGUGGACCACAGGACGUGCUCCAGCUAUGGAUGGUGGGGCAGCACGGUCAAGAACUCCAUGGUCUGUGCCGGCGGAGGAAGCGAGUCCGGUUGCCAGGGUGACUCCGGCGGCCCCCUGAACUGCCAAGUGAACGGCCAGUAUGUUGUGCACGGUGUGACCAGCUUCGUGUCAUCAUCUGGCUGCAACGCCUACAGGAAGCCCACCGUCUUCACCCGUGUGUCCGACUACAUAAGCUGGAUGAACAGCGUAAUGGGUUAAAAGGAAGAGACAACUGGAGACUGAAGAAUGCUCAUGGGUGUCUUUAUACAUUAUUCCAUUGGAAUAAAAUGUUCUCCACUUUUAA